AUCUCUUUCGCUCGAUUUAGACAAGCAAAGAUUGAAAGAUGAUAAACUGAAUUCUCACCUACUCAAAGCAACACCGGAAAUACGCCGUCUCCGGUAAUGCUCGACUCGAUUUAGUCGUCGGAGUUCGAUUUAGUCUCCGGCGGAGUCAAUUCUGUACAUCAGAAGUUCAGAACCACCGGUUUCUCUUGUCAGAGAGAAUGGGGAUGUCGUGGGAAGACGUCGUUUUGAUCGAGGAACGGAAAAGUUCCGACGAACCAACCGUCGUCACGGUGAACUGCCCCGACAAGCCUGGGCUCGGCUGUGACCUUGUACGGAAUGUACUCGAAUUCGGACUCUAUGUCACCCGUGGAGAUUUUUCUACAGAUGGGAAAUGGUGUUACAUCGUGUUAUGGGUUGUUUCGAGGCCAUGCUCGCUGAAAAUUGAUUGGGAGAGCUUAAAACAGCGGCUUUUAUCUUGUUGUCCAUCGUUUUUGCCUGCGUUUUAUCUCAAUCAAUUACCCGAUUCUUCUAAACCACCUCCAAUUUAUCUGUUAAAGGUCUUCUCUCUUGAUCGAAAAGGAUUAAUCCAUGAUGUCACACAAGUUCUUUGUGAACUCGAGCUCACAAUUCAAAGCUUAAAAGUAAUGACAAACCCAGAUGGCAAGGUCUUGGACCUCUUCUUUAUCACCGAUCACUUGGAUUUAUUGCAUACAAAAAUUAGAAGAGAAGAAACAUGUGAGCAUCUAAGUAGCGUGUUAGGAGAGUAUUGUAUAAGCUGUGAACUUGAGUUAUCAGGGCCAGAAUAUGAAAGCCAAAAAGGGUUCACUUCAAUUUCAGAAGAAAUUGCUGAUGAAUUGUUUAGUUUUCAACUUGCCACUAAGGAAGAUGAUCGAUCACAAGCUGUUAUAACGGUUGAUAAUUUAAUGAGUCCAGCUCAUACUUUGCUUCAAAUACAAUGCCUUGAUCAGAAAGCUCUCAUCUAUGACAUUUUAAAGAUCUCUAAAGACUGCAAUAUCCAGAUUGCAUAUGGAAGAAUCUCUAGUAGUGUGAAAGGGUACCGAAGUUUGGACUUGUUUAUACAAAAAGAUGAUGGGAAAAAGAUAUUGGAUAAGGAAAACCAAGUUGCUUUAUGUUCACGUCUAAAAGAAGAGAUGUUACAUCCAUUAAGAGUCAUUAUCACAAACCGUGGCCCUGAUACAGAACUUUUUGUUGCUAAUCCUGUUGAGCUUUCCGGGAAGGGAAGGCCACGUGUUUUUUAUGAUGUCACAUUUGCAUUGAAGACACUCGGAAUAUGCAUCUUCUCUGCUGAAGUUGGCAGACACUCGACUGCAGAGCGUGAGUGGGAAGUUUACAGGUUCCGAUUGGAUGAAACUCGAGGAUUUGCGUUAAUGAGUAAGAAAGCUAAGAUGGAUGUAGUUGAUAAGGUGAGAAGAACACUAAUGGGAUGGUGAAUGAGAUCACAAGAGUUCAUCAUGGAUUUAUGGCUAUGAAUGUGUUGUUAUUGGUGACUUAAUUUUGACCUUGUGAUUUGUGCAUGCUUUGGUUAUAAAUAUUAUGG